CAUAAUCAUCACGCUUCCUCCAACAACCAAAUAAUAAUAAUAAGAAGAAGAAGAAGAAGAAGAGAACAGCGCCUAUCGCGGCAGCAGAAACAAGAAAAAGAAAAUGGCGAAAUCCAUGAUCUUGCUUGUUUCAGCCCUUUCUCUUAUGUCCCUCCUUAACGUAGCAUUCUCCCAGAAGGAUCGAUUCUUGGUGGAGGGAAAAGUAUAUUGCGAUGCAUGCCGCGUUCAAUUCUUUACCAAAGCCAGCAAAUUCCUCGAAGGUGCGACGGUGAAAUUGGUGUGCAAAGAAAUCGAAGGAGGAAGCGUGACGCUGAGCAAGGAGGCGGUGACGGAUAAAACAGGAAGUUACAGUAUUGAAGCGGACGGAGAUCAUGAGGAAGAGUUGUGCGAAGUGACAUUGGUGAAGAGCAAUGAUCCAGAUUGCAGUGAGAUAUCGUUAGAAAAGUAUGAACAUAUGGCCAGAGUGAGCAUAACUAAUAACAGUGGAAUCACCAAUCCCGUUCGCCAUGCAAAUCCACUUGCCUUUAUGAAGAAGGAAAAGCUUCCUGAAUGCAAAGAAAUUCUUAGAGAGCUUGGAUUUGACGAAGAGGGCAUCCUUGUUUAAGCUUUAACAAUUGUAUUACCCUUACCACCUUCCUUCUUGUUCUCAUUAUUCAUUCAAACCCACUAUUAUUAAUUAAUAUAUUAAUAUUCCAUUUA